AUGUUUCUUGCGCAUCUCCGGACUGCAAUCGCCGCCGCCGCUCUGACCAUUCUAGAAAGUGUCUUCGUGGCUGGCCUCUCCUUCACGGAGCACUCGAGAUCGCUCAGCCCAUCCCUUCUUCUGAGCGCAUUCCUUGUCCUGUCUACCGUCUUUGAUGCCGUUCGCCUCCGAACUCUGUGGGUGAAAUCCGUCGGGACUCCCAUCGUCGCGCUCUCGACCGCGGCUUUCGGCCUGAAGAUUGCGCUUCUCGUGCAGGAGGAGGCUAGCAAAAGACGAUGGAUCAUCGACAACUCGAGUGAGUGUAGCUCGGAGGAGACGGCUGGACUUCUUAACCGCGUCGGAUUUCACUGGCUCAAUGGUCUGCUUCUCAAUGGCUACUCUUCCCCCUUGACGAUCGCCAAGCUUCCUGUCAUUGACAGGCAGCUUCUGUCUGAUCCUCUCUGGGACCGCGUCGGACAGAAGUGGAGGAACUCGCCCAAGCAGGCAAAUAAUGCCUUGCUGGGGACUAUCUUCUCAGCUCUGAAGUGGCCAAUCCUGGCGCCUGUCCCCGCCUACAUGAUCCUCGUUGGGCUCCAGCUCGCACAGCCGUUCAUGAUCAGCACCAUCAUGGCUUACCUCGCGAACCCUGUCGACCACACUGAGGACCAGAGAAACAUCGUGUAUGGGUUGAUCGGAGCUUAUGGCAUGGUAUACAUCAGUAUUACGAUUGUGACUGCAGGGUGCCAACACCUCGUCUUCCGCUACGCCACCAUGAUGCGUGGCUGCCUCGUACUCCUGAUCUAUGAGAAGACAACUUCCAUGAGCAUCACUGACGCUGAAGAGGCCGCUGCUGUCACUCUGAUGAGCACUGACAUUGAGAGAAUUGUCAGCGGCAUGUCCAAGAUCCACGAGAGCUGGUCGACUCUUCUCCAGAUGGCCGUGGCCCUUACCUUGUUGUAUAGACAACUCGGGGUGGUGUUCAUUGUCCCUCUUGUCCUUUUCUUGAUUUGUGCCGUUGGAGCGGGAGCUCUGUCGGGUUCCGCUGGGGGUUUUCAGGCAUCCUGGAUGGCGGCUAUCCAAAAGAGAGUUGCGGUCACUUCUUCUGUUUUGGGAUCUCCCAAAGGCGUCAAGUUAUCCGGAUUCACCGACAAAAUGUUCCAAAUUAUUCAAGACUUGCGCUUGAAGGAAAUCGCGUCCGCGGCAAGGUUCAGAACCAUGUUGCUCGUCAUUGUCACUCUGUCCUACGCACCUGGUUCCAUUUCCCCCGUGGUGACCUUUGGCGCAUAUACCGCCAUAGCACAAAAGGACCACACCACGCUAGAUUUGAACCGCAUCUUCACGUCCCUCGCCCUGCUCAGCCUCGUCACGCAGCCCCUGAAUGAGCUAUUCGCUCAUCUCCCCAACAUCGUCGCCUCAGUAGCCUGCUUCGGGCGUGUGCAAGCUUUCCUUUUGUCCCCGGAGACGUCCGCUACGUCGGAUGUUCGUAGCUCCUCGCCCACCAGCGAAUCGCAUGUCGACACUUCUGGUCGCCAGCAGUCUGAGAAGCAGCCCUCUGCCACAAUCACCUCCCACUUGGACCCUCAGGCCAGCGGGCAUGCUAUUGAGAUUCGCAAUGCCAGGUUCGGGUGGAAGGCAGAUGCGGAGCCUGCCUUGACUAACCUCACAUUGGACAUCCCCCACGGAAAGCUCACAGUGAUUGUUGGUCCCAUCGCCUCUGGAAAGUCGACCCUCCUCAAAGCCAUAUUGGGCGAGACUCCGGUUGCAGAGGGAACUAUCAACCGGGCGUCUGACAAUAUUGCCUUCUGCGACCAGGUUCCCUGGCUCACGAACGAAACUCUGCGUCGCAACGUCACAGGCUUCUCCCACUUUGAAGCUUCUUGGUAUAGUACCGUCAUCCGAGCUUGUGCUUUGGAGGAUGACAUUGCGACCUUCCCGGAUGGCGACCAGGUCAUGGUCGGCAGCAAGGGCGUUACUCUCAGUGGUGGUCAGAAACAACGAGUGGCUAUCGCCCGCGCCGUUUACUCACGUCGUGACAUCAUUCUGUUUGACGAUGUCUUCAGCGGCCUCGACUUCGAGACGCAGACUCGUGUCUUUCGUAACCUCUUUGGAGUAUCUGGCCUCUUGAAACAACACAAGGUCACUUCACUUUUCGCAUACUACAUAAUCACCUUGGACGGGACCGGCACAGUCGCUUCUCGUGGUCCAUUUGAGGAGCUCAACAAGCAGCCUGGAUGCAUCAGCAAGUUCGGCCUGAUCACCAAUGAAGAUGCGAUCCAGGGCGACGUCGUGAAGGAUGACGGCCAAUCCGCUUUCAAGCCUGAGCAUAAAGAGAGGAUUGCAGACAAUAGCGUUGAUGAGGAGACACAGCGCAUGGGUGAUCGUUCGGUCUACAAGUACUACUUCCAGGCAACGGGUCCCCGCAGCGUUCUCAUCUUCAUCACUCUGCAGGUCAUCUGGGUAUUUCUAACAAAGUUCCCCGAAAUUUGGCUCUCCUGGUGGGGUGAGGCGAACGACAGUCACCCUAAUCAGGAGACCGGAAAGUACAUGGGUGUCUAUGCCACUCUCCAAGUCUUGUCGCUUGUUGCGUUGGCCGCAGUCUGCUGGCACGUCGUACUUCGAAUGGCUGUGGCUUCUGGCGUUAGACUUCACUGGAUCCUCCUCGAAAAGACUCUUCGAGCACCUCUGUCGUUUUUCGCUGCAACCAAUACCGGCUCCAUCGUCAACAGAUUUAGCCAGGAUAUUCAAUUGAUUGAUGCUGAGUUGCCAAUCUCUCUUCUCAACGUUGCCGCCAACGGACUCAUCUGCAUUGCCCAAGCCUUGAUGAUCAUUCCCGCUUCCUACCAGGUUAUUGCAGUCUUCCCGUUCCUUGGCGGUAUUCUCUGGGUCAUCCAAAGAUUCUACCUGCGGACGUCGCGCCAGCUUCGUUUCCUGGAGCUCGAAGCAAAGGCCCCCAUGUACGGCCUAUCCACAAUCCGCGCCUUCGGCUGGCAAAAGGACCUCACGAACCUUAUGCGCGAUCGCCUCGACACCUCCCAGAAGCCAAUCAUCCAGCGCUGGCUCACUCUCGUCCUCGACCUCACCGUCGCCGCCCUCGCCAUCGUCCUCAUCUCCGUCGCCGUCGCCCUGCGCGGCCGCGUCGGCGCAGGCUUCGCCGGUGUUGCCCUGUACAACAUCAUGGGUCUCAGCAGCGCCAUGAAGGCAGCCAUCACCGUCUGGACCGUCCUCGAGACCUCCAUUGGUGCCGUUGCGCGCGUAAAGACGUUUGCUGAGCAGACUCCCGCCGAGAGCCAGGCCCAGGAGUCGCAGACGCCGCCGGAUUCGUGGCCUGAGAGCGGAGCGAUCAGCUUUCAUAAUGUCACUGCUUCGUAUGGUGAAGGCAUGGAUAACAUUUCUUCAAAGGUUUCUUUCACUGUUUUGCCUGGCCAGAAAGUUGGUAUCUGCGGUCGAAGCGGGAGUGGCAAGAGUUCUCUCCUGCUCACCUUGCUCCGCCUAGUUGACUGCAACGAGGGUCAGGUCAUCAUCGAUGGCGUCGACGUCGUGACCAUGCCGCGCGAGGUGUUACGUCAGCGACUGAACGCGCUUCCACAAGAACCUCCCUUCUUCAGCGGCAGCGUCCGCCUCAACUGCGACCCCGAAGGCACGAUUUCGGAUGAGAUCGUCACCGAGGCCCUCCGCACCGUUGGCCUUCUAGGGGUGGUUGAAGAGAAGGGCGGGCUCGAUGCGGAAUUCUCGGAUGACUUUUUCUCUCACGGCCAGAAGCAGGUAUUUUGCCUGGCGAGAGGGAUAUUGCAUCCCGCCAAGAUUGUGGUCAUGGAUGAGGCUACUAGCAGUGUCGAUGUUGAUACAGAGAAGAAGAUGAUGAACGUCAUUCAUGAACGAUUCGCCGACGCAACAAUCAUCUCAGUGCCUCACCGUCUUGACACUGUUCUUGACUUUGAUAAGAUCAUCGUCUUGGACAAAGGUGUCAUCGUUGAGGAGGGCUGCCCCGCUGAGCUUCUCAGCCGGGCGUCUGCGUUCCGAACUCUCUAUGAGACAUUCCAUAGUUAA